AGCCCCAAACAUUUGCAAUGAUGAGUCUUCAGCGACGAAUAUUCUGAUGCAUAUAACCAAUGCGACAUUUCAGCUUUUCACAUAUUGAGCAUAGUGAGGCAGAAAUGAUUACUCAGAAGCUCAGUUUGACUUGUGAUAGACUUUUGUCGCACCAGCAGCUCGCGUGUUGCCACGCUUACUGCGGAAUACCAUUCCAAGGCAAGGACGCAAUUAUUUACAGCAAUCUGGAUCCACAACAGAAGCCACUGCUGCUAACAGGUCAUCACGGUGACAUUAGUGCCAUGACGUUUGGAAAAAGAAGCAGACCUGUUCUUCUCUGCUCUGCUUCUGCAGAUUAUAUCAUAGUCUGGGAUAUGGAAGCCUGCCAGAAGAAAACACAAAAGGGUGAAGUUGCAACUGGAGUAGUUAUUGGCACUUUACUAGGUGAUGUUGUCCACCUCUCGUUCUGUUUCUCGGACGAACGAGUGGCUGCUUGCUCAGGAUCAAAUAUAUAUGUUCUCAGUURUAAGAGACAAGAAGAGGUGAUUUGUACACUGACUGGCCACCUGGGACCUUUGACAUCAGCAGAGUUCUGUCCCUGGAACAGAAAUAUUCUCGCUAGCACCUCGGAGGAUCGCACUUUCAGGGUUUGGGAUUUGAAAGCUGAAGCUGUUUUAUACCAGUCGUUUGUGCUCUCUGCAUCUCCGCUGCUCAGUGUGUUGUUUUUGGAGAAGGACAACCACCUGAUUACUGGUUCAGCUGAUGGACAGGUGUGGUGCUUUUCUCUCGGUGAUGAGCACAAGUGCCAUCUGGUGACAAAAAUGGAUCUUCUGAAAAUGGAAAAAAGGCAUCAAGGGCGCCAAAAGCUUUUGAGCCACAAAGCAGAGGCUGAGGAGCAAUCAGCUGCAGAAAAAGUGGAGAUUUCAAAACCCGUCAUCCAAAUGGCUUUGUGCGGCCCAUUUACAGACAUCAGUACUGACCACAAAAUAGACAGCAGCUGGUUUUGUAUAGGAAGCACUGAUGGCCUAUAUGUGGUGGAUCUGGCUGCAUCAGAACUCCAAACAGUGCUGUAUUUCAAAGAUAAUCUUAACCUGAGCAUCACCAUGGCUGGGUCGUGGUCCAUUUUAUCAGGGUGUGAUAAUUCUAUGGUGGUUUUAGUCAGCUCGUUGUUUACUCCCCGUGUGGUCUUGCUGGAGAUUUGCCUGAAUAAGCUGCAGCAGGUUGGCGACGACAGUCAAGGCUUCUCAGUGUUCCCCAGUUCGGCUCCACUGCCUGAAUCACCCCUUAAUGCUGAGUUAAAGAUGAAGGAACCCAACCAUCUGAAAAAGAAAGGUGUAAAAGAAAAACCUCUGGUUUUUCAUUCAAAAGUGAAGUCGUCUGGAUACAGCAGCGCCCCAAGAACAAAAAUGUUUUCACCAAAUACAAAUUCUCAGAAGACAGCUCCCUUGAAAAAGACAACCAAAAAUACAGGUUUUCUCCACAGCAACUACCCAGCAGACUGUGCAGCACCGACUUCUCCAUGUGCCGAUCUUAGCAUUGCCAACAAACAAGUCUCCUGCCUUCAGUACUCAGGUGACGGAAAACAAAUCCUGUGUGGUCUUGGCGACAGCUCCGUGUUACUGUACAAGUCAUCUCUCACUGGUAGUCCGACUGUCUACAUAGGUCACGACAAACCAGUGAGCAGCGUGAGCUGGAGCCUCAGCAGACAGUGGUGGUUGAGUGCAUCAGAAGAUCUGUCAAUGCGAGUCUGGACCAACGACAGCUCAGAGCCCGCUAUUAUCGUGGGUGAGCAUAUGUUUUCCAAACCCAUCAAAGGUGCUCAGUUCUAUUACCUUGACAAAUUUCUUCUUCUGGCCUCUGGACCUUCAGUUUAUUUGUACCUGUAUAAUGUGGACAUCACUCGUGACGACAUCAAAAGGUAUAAGCAGCGGAGUGUCGUCAAACGGGCGAGCUGUGUAACAACGUCAGCAGACAUCACCGCUCUAUCUGCGACCAACGACUUUCUCUCCUACAUCAUCCUGGUGUGUGGUUCAGAUCGCUCCAUUCAAGUUCUGGACAUGAACAAAGGCACGGUUGCCUCGGUGUUGCCUGAUGCCCACAGCAGGUCCAUCCACUGCAUCACACAGAACAAGGGAUCCAUAUUCAGCGCACAGACUCCAGAGUCCUAUAACCUGUUCCUCACCAGUGCAGUCACAGACGGACUGAAGAUCUGGGAUCUUCGCUCACUCAGGUGUGUACGUCGCUAUGAAAACCACGUGAAUCGCUGCCAGCCGUGUUCUUCAGCCAUCUCACCCUGUGGUCGGUUCAUUGGCUGUGGCUCUGAGGAUAAAUGUGCCUAUGUUUAUGACAUCCGUAGCAGCUCCUACCUCCACAAACUGAGACACUCAGACACUGUUCUCAGCGUAGCCUUCAACCCUGCAACACCAGAGCUGUUAACUGGGACCCUGGAUGGAAAGCUAAGGCUGUUUCGAUCUAGCACAGGGUCCCAUUUGUCUCAUGACACCACCGCRGCUUUGCAUUGCUUCCCCAACUUGACUGCAUAAUUACAACAAAGCAGGCUGCUGUGAAGACCAGGGAGCUUGCACUGCAGCAGCUGGAAUACACUGGCAGCUGUUUUGUUUGAAAAGACAAAAUYAAAUGUAAAAAAAUUGUUUGUUUUACAGAAGAAUAAAAACAGGUUCAACUUUACGUCUGCUUUCGUGUUCUCAAAUUUUAGUUGAACGUAAGAGCUUACUUUAAACUUUCAAAAGAUGCAACA